AUGGGACAGUGGGAUGGCCCGGACGCCGAGCUUCUUUACCUGUCUCUGCUGGAGCACCUGGGGGUGGGAUCCAACAACUACAGCCUCUCAGCCACCCGCCCUGUCAGGAACUGGAGGACUCCCACCUACGCCACUGAUGAGAAGUUCCAGAGCUUCACGACCGGACUGCUGCUGACUGUUUUCUGGUUCUGGGUAAACGAGCUCCUCCGCUGGGACCCAAAGGACUUCUGUGGGAUCAGCGAGAUCAGUGUUCCCAAAGCCUACCUGUGGAGACCCGACUUCACCAUCAUGGAGAGCAUUGAGAUGAAAGAGAGGAAUGUUGAGAGCACCCAAGUCAACCUGCUGUCAGCUGGCUACACCGUCUCUGGAGACAGCUACAAGCUCACCAGCACCUGCAAGAUGGAUCUCUACAAGUUCCCCUUCGACACACAGCGAUGCGAACUCACCGUCAUGUCCUUCCUGUACAAAAUCAACCAGCUGCGUCUGUUCCUCUCCUCCAACUCCUCGGAUGUGACGACGGGGUCCCUCACCGUGUUCCAGGGGCAGGGCGAGUGGGACCUCAUCAGUGUCCACGUCUCCAAGGACAACCUCACCUAUGGACAGGAUGUGUGGGACCGGCUGGCGUAUACGAUCACCAUCGCCAGGAGGCCCCAGCUGUACAUCAUUAACUUCCUGGUUCCCGUCUUGGUCUUCCUGGUUCUGGACCUGGUGUCCUUCUUCAUGAACGAGUCCAGAGGGGAGAAGCUGAGCUUCAAAGUCACCAUCCUACUGGCCAUCUCUGUUCUGCUGCUCAUCCUCCACGAUAUACUGCCCUCCACACACCAGAAAACUCCUGUUAUAGGAAUGUUCUGCACUGGGGUCUUCUUGUUUGUGGGCUGCAGCAUCAUUGAGACCAUCACGGUCAGUUUCCUGAUGCGGAUGGCCUCGAAGUGUGAUGCGAACGCUCUCACCUGGAGGACCCUACAGAGGAGAGAUGGGCGAGAGGACAGCAAGCCAGCUUACGGCACAGGAGUGGUUCCGUCGAUGGAGAGGAAGGAGGACGAUUCGUCUCUGCUGCGCCUCAUCCUGGCUGAGCUGCAGGCGUUACGGACACACACGUCCUCCGAUCACCCAAAGCAUCAUGGGAAGACCUGCCUGCACCUGAAGACAGUAGCCAAGUGGAUUAACACUGUUUACUUCAUUUUGUAUCUCUGUGCUGCCUCUGUCUUUCUAGCUUUGAUUGGUAAAGAGUGGUCGCACUAGCUGCAUCUAGGGUGACCAGAUGAGAUUGGCUGA